AUGUGGAAGCAAAAAGUUUGGUUUAGUUUGCACGGCGUCCCGGAGACCAUCGCGGGUCACAACAGAUUGGGCAAACGAAAAGAGCGCAGUGAUUCCAAACUACCUCAAUUUUACCACAAAUCUAUGGGGCGCGAACAGCGCUCUAUUGUUCGGCCCAGUCACAAACACUUCAAAAACUAUGAAAACGACAAAAUACAAGGGAAACGUAUUACGUGGAGCCAAAGACAUGUUUUUUUCCGGAGCUCUGUGAGCCGGCAGCCGGUUUUGCUUCAGUCCGCCAUUGCCACUCAGACCAAGCAGUCGAGCUCAGCCGGCGACCUACUUCACAAAAGGAAGAGGAGGCGUGAGGGGGGCGGCGGCAGAGACGGCGGCAGACAACGCUCGUGGAGCAGAAGCAAACAGACGCACCAUGUACCCCCACUGCUUUUCCUUCAUCCCAAAUCUUCGAGGUCUACGUUUGGCAGUUUUCACUUCAGUCCAGAGUUUUACUUUGAUCACAGACCUCAGCAUUAUCACCAUGAGCCUCACGAGAGUUUUCCGGGGAGCUACACCAGCGACACCGAGUCAAGCAUUUACUCGGAGCGGGGUGAUCAGAACUAUCAGGACCCCCAGGACUACCAGGAUUCGGACUUUGGCUCGGGCCUCUCCAGCAGCAGCAGCUCUGAGGAGGACGAGGAGGAAGAAGAGUCUGACAGUACAGAGGUCAGCAGCGAAGAGGAGGACAGCUCUUCUCAGUCCGACUCCAGUUCUGUGUCCAGCCGGGUCUCUGUUCAGAGUAUUCGCUUCAGACGGGCCCGUGUCGGUUCUUCAAUCAAAACUAUCAACAAAGCACCUUUGGUCCUCCAGCCAACGUUUCACUACAACAAUCAGGACAAACAGCACAAGCCAGACCUCGUUGACCCUUCUCAAAAUUCACAGAUGCUGGAUUUACCGAGCAGGCGUAAACGCAGCACAUGCGCUGUGACUGCAUCUCCUCCAGCAAACAGCCCUUUCCGUUUAAUGGCACAUUUCCCGUCCACACCGUCUUUGACUGUUGGCAGCGACGGGGAUCUGUGUCCUGCUUACUCCCUGAACUCGUUGAGGGGCCUCUCCGAGCCUCCCCCUCAGCACCACCCCGUGUGGAAGUGGCAGCCUGGCGGACACAUUUUCCCUCCCCCACCCGCAGCAAGAACGAGGAAAUAA